GAGAAAUCAUAGUAGUAACAGUGGAAUCAGAGGGAGGAAGUACUCUAUAAUAUCUAACACUCUUUCUAUUUAAAGCAUUCAAUUCAUUCAUAUGUCUCACUUGUCCAAGAUCCCAUCACCCCAUUUGAAUCCUCAUAUUUACUAGCAUUUCAAAGUGUCAGGCGGCCAUCAGCCAUGCAAUGCAUAGCACUCACCGCCACCGCCCCACUCUCCGGCCACCGCCCGGCCGCCACAUCCCGCCGUCUCCAUCCAGCACCCGCCAUCGCCGCCCCACCCAAACCGCUCCGCUACCAGUCCACGUCCCACACGCUCCCGCCGGAGAAGGUAGAGAUGUUUAAGUCCCUCGAGUCUUGGGCCUCCCAGACGAUCCUCCCCUACCUCAAGCACGUGGAGAAAAGCUGGCAACCCAACGAGUUCCUCCCCGACCCGGCCAGGCCCAACGACGAGUUCUUCGACCAAGUUCGGGCCCUCCGGGAGCGGGCCGCCGGGCUGCCGGACGCCUACUACGUGGCCCUGGUCGGCGACAUGGUGACGGAGGACGCGCUGCCCACUUACCAGAGCAUGAUCAACACCAUGGACGGCGUCCGUGACGAGACCGGGGCUAGCCCGUCUCCUUGGGCCAUUUGGACCCGGGCCUGGACGGCGGAGGAGAACCGCCACGGUGACUUGCUCCGGACCUACCUAUACCUUUCGGGUCGGGUCGACAUGACCAUGGUCGAGAAAACGGUGCAGUACUUGAUUGGAGCUGGAAUGGACCCGGGCUUCGAAAACAACCCGUAUUUGGGCUUCGUCUACACAUCCUUCCAAGAGCGGGCCACGUUCGUGUCCCACGGCAACACGGCCCGUCUGGCCAAGCACGGCGGCGACCCCGUGCUGGCGCGCAUCUGCGGCACCAUCGCCGCCGACGAGAAGCGCCACGAGAACGCCUACUCCAAUCGUCGAGAAGCUCCUCGAGCUCGACCCGGACGGCGCCAUGGUGGCGAUCGCCGACAUGAUGCGGAAGAAGAUCACGAUGCCGGCGUACCUGAUGACCGACGGCCGAGAUCCGAACCUGUUCGAGCACUUCUCGUCGGUCACUCAGUCCCUCGGCGUCUACACCGCCCACGACUACGCCGACAUCCUGGAGUUCCUGAUCGGGCGGUGGAAGCUGGCGGCGCUCGAAGGGGGAUUGAGCGGGGAGGGGAGGGAUGCACAGGAGUACGUGUGUGGCCUCCCGCCCAGGAUCCGGAAACUGCAGGAGAGAGCCGAAGAACAGGCCAAGAAGUUGGGCCCCCGGCCUGUCAAGUUCAGCUGGAUUUUCGAUCGGGAGGUUAUUAUUGUUUAAACACCACAUCCAUCAUCACCAAUGUCAAGUCCUUACCCAUGCAGUGCAUCGCAUUCUCCGCCACCGCCCCCCUCUCCGGCCACCGUCCGGCCGCCUCACUCCGCCGUCUCCGUCCAGUGUCCGCCAUCGCCGCCCCACCCAAACCGCUCCGGUACCAGUCCACCCACUCGCUCCCGCCGGAGAAGAUUGAGAUGUUUAAGUCCCUGGAGUCUUGGGCCUCCCAGACUAUCCUACCCUACCUCAAGCCCGUGGAGAAAAGCUGGCAGCCCAACGAGUUCCUCCCCGACCCGGCCCGGCCCGACGAUGAGUUCUACGACGAGGUUCGGGCCCUCCGGGAGCGGGCUGCUGGGCUGCCCGACGCUUACUACGUCGCCCUGGUCGGCGACAUGGUGACGGAGGAUGCGCUGCCCACCUACCAGACCAUGGUAAACACGUUAGACGGCGUCCGUGACGAGACUGGGGCCAGCCCGUCUCCCUGGGCCACUUGGACCCGGGCCUGGACGGCGGAGGAGAACCGCCACGGUGACUUGCUCCGGACCUACUUAUACCUUUCGGGUCGGGUCGACAUGACCAUGGUCGAGAAAACGGUGCAGUACCUGAUUGGUGCCGGAAUGGACCCGGGGACCGAGAACAACCCGUACCUGGGCUUCAUCUACACAUCCUUCCAAGAGCGUGCCACGUUCGUGUCCCACGGCAACACCGCCCGCCUGGCCAAGGACUGCGGCGAUCCGGUGCUCGCUCGGAUCUGCGGCACCAUCGCCGCCGACGAGAAGCGCCACGAGAACGCCUACUCCAAAAUCGUCGAGAAGCUCCUCGAGCUCGACCCGGACGGCGCCAUGGUGGCGAUCGCCGACAUGAUGCGGAAGAAGAUCACGAUGCCGGCGUAUCUGAUGACCGACGGCCGAGAUCCGAACCUGUUCGAGCACUUCUCGUCGGUCACUCAGUCCCUCGGCGUCUACACCGCCCACGACUACGCCGACAUUCUGGAGUUCCUGAUCGGGCGGUGGAAUCUGGAGGCGCUCGAGGCGGGAUUGAGCGGAGAAGGGAGGGAUGCACAGGAGUACGUGUGUGGGCUCCCGCCCAGGAUCCGGAAGCUACAAGAUAGGGCAGAUGAACGGGCCAAGAGGUUGGGCCCUCGGCCUGUCAAGUUCAGCUGGAUCUUCGACCGGGAAGUUUUGGUAUAAAUGAGAAAUAAGAUGGCUACUUUGGUUUAUUGGGCCCCCGUUUUGAUCCCCUAUGUUGUUAUUGUACUGCGUGUGUUAUGAGAAAAAAGAACAUGUAUUAAG